GGCUGAGUUGACCCUUGCGCUUCUAGCAUCUGGUGAUAGCGGUCGGAGCAGUUAACCUGGAGCGGGAUUAUUGGAUACCCGGCCCGGAUUUGUUAACAUCCGCCCCCCCCCCCUCUCAUCACACUAAGUAAACUGUAAACAGUAACAUAAACACGUGAACUAGGAGAACCUUUAACUAACAUGGAGAACGUGAAAAAAAAUAAUAGUAUUGUUUACAAACAAGUGAAACCGGUUUUUGCUUUUUAAAGGAAUAUAUCAGUGAAUAAUAUCUGGUCAGUGAUCUAAGUAUCUGAGAAAGAUAAAUCAGUGUCUCCGGAAAACUACUCUAUCCUGUGAUAAAGAUGAGUUCAUCAAGUACAAGUAUAAUGGACGGGAGAAUCCCUGUAUUCGUAUUUCCGGUCCAGCUGGACUUCUACUACGACGACCAGACCACACACAAGCGUGUUGUUACCAUCUAUAAUCCCUACGAGUUCGAUGUUACGUUUAAGGUGCUGUGUAACAACCCUAAGAAGUAUGCCGUUGUUGAACCCGAAGGAAGAAUAUCAGGGCAGAAGUGUGUUGAUAUAGUUAUAAGACAUGUAGCUGUAUCCCCACAGUCUGUAGAAACCACGGAUAAAUUUAGAAUUCACAUGUUCGAAGAAGGUACUAGCGAGAUCCUUGGAAAGAAGGAUGUGUUGGCUAUUCUGCAUCCUGGGCUACCAGAGGCAGAAUCAGCCUCACUAGGCAACAAACAGAGGAAAUCCCAGCCAGGGUUUCCUCUCCUCAAAUCUGACGGAGAUUCGCCGCCUAGAGAUGUUCCUGUUCCCAACUAUAUUGCCUGUUUUGCUGCUGUUGUGUGUAUUUUAGCCCUUUUUCUUCCAACAUCGUGUGAAAAUGAUAGAAGUCAAUUAUUGCAGGAUUAUCCUUGGUUGCAUCUCUCGCUGAACCAGAAACUUGUUUUUGCGUAUGUACUUGGUCUGGUCACUAUGGCCAUUCUUAGGACAUAGAGCUUUAGUACGCUUUUUCUGCGUCAACCACGACACCGUGAUAUACAUACAGCAAACAUAUAAUUCUAAUUAUUUGCGUCAGUUUGUUAUGAUUAGAUCUGUGCUUUAUUAAACUACACUGUACAAUGUACACUGUACACUGUGAACAGUGCAGUACUGUUCAACACAGUUCACCCCGUGUUUGCCAUUUGUUUAUUAAGAUAUCAAGAGUAGUACGCUUUAUUCAUAUCUUAAAGGAAUUGUCUACGUAGUUUCUGUUGACCCUGUAUUUGAAGUAUUCACAGCCAGACAAUGAAGGAGAUUGAGAUUAUAUUUUAUCUGUUAGAGACAGAAAAAUACAAUAUCAUCCUCAUUGUUAAUUCAAUAGAGGGAUACAUGGUACAAUUGUGAAUUCAAUAGAGGAAUAAAUGGUACUAUUGUUAAUUCAAUAGAGGAAUAAAUGGUACUAUUGUGAAUUAUGGAUUGUAACGUUUGAAAUUGAGUGUCAAUCGAAAUAAGGUAGACAGUCUCUUUAAGAUUUAUUCAAUUAUAAGAUAUUUGAUAUUAGUUUUGGCAUUAAGUAAACAUUUUUGAAGGUUAAAUGUAAGAUCAUUGUAUUUUGUUAUUAUUCAGUAUGUUAUGUAGUAUAGUCUUCUAUCUUGUAUCCUAGUAUUCUGUAUCCAAGUACCCUAGUGUCGUAGUAUCCAAGUAUCCUUCUAUCUUGUAUCCUAGUAUCCAAUUUCUGUGGUAUCCUAGUGUAAUAGUAUUGUGAUAUCCUUUUUUCCUGGUGUAUUGGUGUCUUUGUAUCCUGGUAUCCAAGUAUUCUGAAUUCUAGUAACCCACUAUCUUGAAUCCUAGUAUUAAAUUACUGUAGUAUCUUGGUAUCCUAGCACCUAGUAUAUCCAAUAUAUAUCCAAGCACUCGAUAAUAUUAAAUACAUUUAUAAUCAUAAUCAAAAUUACAACAAAAUUGCAAGAAACCAACAAGUUUGUUUAUAGAAAGGACAUGAGUUCCAUUUUGAUUUUUUUUACUCUCAAUUACGUUUUUUUAUUUAUUUUUUUAAUUAAAAAAAAAUUUAAGGGUGAUAUUUUUUAUUGAACACACUAAUUUACUACUUUGCUGUUUUUUGUUCACCCCGUAGGUAUUGUUUAAUUCUAAGUUUUCUUUUUGUUAAAAUGUCGUCCGUACGGUAAAAUACUAUAUUGGGCUUUGAAUUUAAUGGUUUUCAGAAGACAGAACUUAUGCUGUUAAGAUUAAACUUAAGUAGAGCUAUUUACUGCAUGAAUUAAGAGAAGUAAUUU